GCGGGGCGCGCCCACCUCUGCCGCGGCGGCCGAGGGGGAACCUGGAGAAGGGUGCGCGGGCGGCGCCCGGGCUGCCCGCAGCGGAGGAGGCUGGAGCUCCGGCCGGGCGGUGCGCGCCGAGCGGUGCCAUGGGGGAGGCGCCCAGCCCCGCGCCCAGCCCCGCGCCCUCGCCUGCGCUCUGGGACUGGGACUACCUGGACCACUGCUUCGCCCGCCACCGCGUCUGCAUCUCCUUUGGCCUGUGGAUCUGCGCCUCCUCCUGCUGGAUCGCCGCCCACGCGCUGCUUCUUUACCUGAGAUGUACAAAGAAACAUGGGCAGGGUCAGUCCCCACUGUGCGCCGCCUGCUGCCUCCUGACCAGCCUGUGCGACACCGUUGGGGCGAUUCUGGCCAGACAGCUCACGAUCCAGGUUUUCAGUGGUGCCUACCUAGCGACUGUUGACUUAGCCAACUUCAUGUUCGUCCUCUUCCCAGUCUGUGGAUCCAAAUUCAAGUCUCAUUCGGGCCGACACACCAGAAAGAGGAAGAGGAGGAAGCGGCUCAGAGCUGGCAUAUUUGCCCUGGCUCUGCCACUGAGCCUGAGCCCAGGCUGGGCUCUCUGGGCUGCUGUUCCAAAGGCUUCAGCUCCAGUCCGGGGGCCCCAGCGGAGGCUGCUGGGAAGCCUGCUGCAGGAAAAUACCGAAGUCCUCGGCUACCUGCUGGGUGUCAUUGCUGCCUUGGGCGCCUGGGCCUCUCGGAUACCCCCACUCUCCAGAAUCUGCCAGGGGAAGUCAUUUUCCUACAUCCACCUGUGGACACGGCUGCUGUCCGCCCUGGCAGGCCUCCUCUACGCCUCAGCCAUCGUGGCCCAUGACCGGCAGCCCGAGUACCUGCUUCGGGCUACACCCUGGUUCCUGACCUCCCUUGGCCGUGCUGCUCUGGACCUUGCUAUCAUCUUCCUUUCGUGUGUGAUGAAGAGCAAGAUGAGGCAAGCCUUAGGAUUCUCCACAGAAGCCAGAGAGAGCCCCGACACCCAGGCCCUUCUGACCUGUGCAGAGGAGGAGGGAGAGAACCAGGAGGCCGGGACCAAGGACAAGACUUCAGAUUGGGUGCCACUCACUACCCUGUCACACUGCAAGUCACUGAAAUCGAUGGCAGCGAUCAGUCACUACAUGGAGCUGACCAUCGAGCCUAUACAGCAGGCAAGCUGUGGUGCCAUGAGACUACCUGGUGAUGGACAGACCAGCACAGGAGACGCGUCACUGCAAGAGCCCCCCUCGUACCCUCCCGUUCAGGUCAUCCGGGCCCGAGUGUCUUCCAGCAGUUCCUCUGAGGUGUCCUCCAUCAACUCAGACCUGGAGCAGAAGUAUUGGGAGGCCCUAAACUCGGAGCAGUGGGAUCCUGAAGAUGUCAACUUUGAAAGGAACAAUGACAACAUGGAGAUCUUCAGAUUCCAGGUGCCGAGGGGCUCUUUGACGACAGUAGACUUGACCUCUGCUGAUUAGUAUCUUCUAAAAACCAGUCCAUCAGCUCAAAGACCAGGAUGAGGCAUUCAUUAGUAAAACUGAGCAGAGAUCGACCUACAGUGACACCCAUAGCAGGAAUUUAAGCCACUGAAGAAGCUGCCCAGGGAAGUGAGGAACCUGGAGCUUAGCGUGGCUGGUCUACCUGGCUCAGAAUAAAACUAAGAUUGUGGGUUCUAUGGACAGACCUGGAUAUGCCAUUUGUUCUGAAGAUUAGAAGCUCACAGAUGGCUCCUGCUUUGUAAAGAUAAACCUUCAUCCAAAGGACAAUGGGCCCUCUUUUCCCGUCUUUCCUUUCCCUCUAUUCCCAUGAAAUGCAACUGUAAAUUCAGUAUCUGCUGGAUGCCAGGAAUGAGUUCACCUAACAAAUAGCUCAUGUGUUUGGACCUCAGCAGAGCCUGUCCUGCAAGCCCUGGCUUCUGCCCUCCAGUAUCUGCUGGAAGUUAUCCAUAGGACUGCUUGGUCAACCAAGUAUCUGUGAGAUCAGUGGUAUGGCAAGCACAAGCAAAGCCAGUUGCUCUAAGCAAGAGGACUUCCUCCAGCCUGGCAACACGUGUGCGGAGGCAGGGUUUACAGGUGAGGGGCACUGUGUGCUUUAGGAGGUCACUGAGAGCAUACAGAGGGUAAUAGGUAUGCUGGAACAUGUUAAUUCAAGCAUAGUAACCCCAUUUGAAGAUGAUUGGUAGGUGGUCACAUGUGAGGGGAAGGGAGAAGGGAAUGGGGCUAAGGUCGGAACAAUCACUAGAGUGAAUAAAAUUUAACUGAGUGAAUCAAAGCAUCUCACACUGGAAUAUAGUGGUAAGUCAGAAUCCCAGCAGAGCCACAGAAGUCUGCCAUGAGGGGGACUGGGAUAAAUGCCAAGAAACACAGCUCUGCUGCUGGCUGGCUCACAGUGACCUGUGACUCAGCUGCAGCUGCCCAGUUUCUCCUAAGGGCAUGUGCAAGUCCCGGCAGCAUGAGGAAGGGGGUGCUGGGAAAGUGGGUUGGUUCCACAGGUCUCUGCAUAGAUCCUAAUCCCCUGGGUGACCUCUGAACUAGCAGAAAACUCCAAGCUACUUAUUCCAUUUAUCUGCUUUGGGUUCCUGGUUGUCUUAUAAAAGAAYGAUUGCUAAAGGCAACUUUGUUUUGUGGUCUUAGCCAAUGCAGCUGUAC